UGUCAGAAAGUAGCUUGCCCCGCCCCCUGCUCCGACCCGCCGCGGUUUCCGUUCUCCCACCCUCACCAUGUACCGCUCACUCCGGCCUCUUCAGCGCCUGGGCAGCGCGCGGGGCUGCCUCGUGCCUCAGUCGCGCGCCGCUCUCCUGUGCCAGCCUCAGCCUCGAAGCCCGCCGCGCGCCAGCAUGGCCACCCAAGACUCGUUUAGAAUAGAAUAUGACACCUUUGGUGAACUAAAGGUCCCAAAUGACAAGUAUUAUGGUGCCCAGACUGUGAGAUCUACAAUGAACUUCAAGAUAGGUGGAGUUACUGAGAGAAUGCCAGUUCAAGUUAUAAGAGCGUUUGGGAUCUUGAAACGAGCAGCUGCGGAAGUAAAUCAGGAUUAUGGUCUUGAGCCGAAGAUUGCUAAUGCCAUUAUAAAGGCAGCAGAUGAGGUGUCUGAAGGUAAAUUAAAUGAUCACUUUCCUUUGGUGGUGUGGCAAACUGGAUCUGGAACACAGACCAAUAUGAAUGUAAAUGAAGUCAUAAGCAAUAGAGCCAUUGAAAUAAUGGGAGGUAAACUAGGAAGCAAAGAUCCAGUGCAUCCUAAUGAUCAUGUUAAUAAAAGCCAGAGCUCAAAUGAUACAUUCCCAACAGCAAUGCAUAUUGCUGCUGCACAGGAAGUUAAUGAAGUGUUGUUACCUGGACUACAAAAGCUACAAGAUGCACUUGAAGAAAAAUCCAAAGAAUUUUCCCAAAUAAUAAAAAUAGGACGCACUCAUACACAGGAUGCUGUUCCACUUUCUCUUGGUCAGGAAUUCAGUGCUUACGUGCAACAAAUUAAAUAUGGUGUGGCUAGGAUUAAAUCAGCCAUGCCAAGAGUGUAUGAGCUGGCAGCUGGUGGCACUGCAGUUGGUACAGGAUUAAAUACCAGAAUUGGUUUUGCAGAGAAGGUUGCGGCUAAAGUAGCUUCACUGACAGGCCUGCCAUUCAUCACUGCUCCAAAUAAAUUUGAAGCUCUUGCUGCUCACGAUGCUCUAGUUGAACUCAGUGGGGCCAUGAACACUGUGGCUUGCAGUCUGAUGAAGAUAGCUAAUGAUAUUCGUUUUUUGGGUUCUGGACCACGCUCUGGUCUAGGGGAACUCAUCCUGCCUGAAAAUGAACCUGGAAGCAGCAUCAUGCCAGGAAAAGUAAACCCUACCCAGUGUGAGGCUGUAACCAUGGUGGCAGCUCAAGUGAUGGGAAAUCAUGUUGCUGUUACAGUAGGAGGAAGCAAUGGACAUUUUGAAUUGAAUGUUUUCAAGCCCAUGAUUAUUAAAAAUGUAUUAAACUCUGCAAGACUCCUUGGAGAUGUCUCAGUUUCUUUCACUGACAACUGUGUGGUUGGAAUCCAAGCCAACACAGAGAGGAUCAACAAACUAAUGAAUGAGUCUCUGAUGCUGGUGACAGCCCUUAAUCCCCACAUAGGAUAUGACAAGGCAGCCAAGAUUGCCAAAACAGCACACAAAGAAGGGACAACACUAAAAGAAGCAGCUAUUAAGCUUGGAUUUCUUACAGCAGAACAAUUUGAUCAGUGGGUGAAACCUAAAGAUAUGUUAGGUCCUCAGUAAUUUUAACAAGUGUACUUUAACAGAAAAUAAUUAAAUUGCAUAAAACAAUU